AUGGAAAAAUUUACACGAACAACAACAUUUUCAAUAAAUUUUAAUGAAUCAUUUAAUUCAUCGGAUUCUAUAUUAAAUCCAACAACACCAUCAACAUUAGAAGUUAUAUCAAAUGAAAUUUUUGAUUAUUUUGAUUCACAUCGUGAACAAAUUCCAUUACUUGUUAUUGUUUAUUUAUUAACAAUAAUAUGGAUAAUUUAUCUUAUAUUAUAUCAUUCACGUAUACAAGGUAUUAUAUUAUCAUAUAUAUUACGACGAUUUUUUUUAAAAGAUUCAACACAAAUUAAAUUUGAUUCAUUUUCAAUAUCAUUUAUAUCAGGUGCAAUUAUAUUUAGAAAUUUACAUUAUACAACAGGAAGUUAUUUUAUAUUUAUUAAAGAUGGUUGUUUAGUUUUUCGUUAUUGGUCAAAAACAAAAACAAAACCAAUUAUACGUUUAAAAAUUAAAUUAUAUCAUCUUGAUAUACAAUUUUUUAGUCCAAUACGUUCAAGUACAUUAUCAGAUAAUAAUAAUAAUAAUAAUAAUAAUAAU